GCCGCGCGGGCGGAGUUAAAUAGCGGAUGUGUGGCACAGGCCGGUAGAUUAAACCCGGCUCUGCACCGGUCAGUACGCUGAAUAGACUGAACGGAAGAACUACGCUCUAGUUUUACAUCGCCUCCGGCUCUUCGAAGUCUUUUCAUCGACGGGAUUUAAGCGUCUUAGUUCUCCUGUGUGCCGUGCAGUUCAUAAGGCCCAAAGGAAUGCCCAGAGAGCUCACCCAGAACAGGAUCCAAAAGAUCUGGGUUCCCACAAAGGAUGACAGGCGGAGAGGUGGUGCUCCCCACUUCGCCAACCCACCCACCGUCAUUGUCAUGGUGGGUCUGCCGGCUAGGGGCAAGACGUACAUGUCCAGGAAACUCACCCGCUACCUCAACUGGAUUGGCAUGCCCACCAAAGUCUUCAAUGUAGGAGAGUACCGCAGAGAAGCAGUGAAGAACUACAGCUCUUAUGACUUCUUCAAGCCUGACAAUGAGUGUGCCGUGAAAAUCAGGCAGCAGUGUGCCUUAGCAGCCUUGAGAGAUGUCAGGUCCUAUUUGAAGGACGAAGGUGGCCAAGUAGCGGUCUUUGAUGCUACCAACACAACAAGAGAAAGGCGAGACAUGAUCCUCAAGUUUGGGGAAGAGAAUGAUUUUAAGAUCUUCUUCAUCGAGUCUGUGUGCGACGAUCCGAGCGUCAUUGUGUCGAACAUCAUGGAAGUGAAGGUGUCCUGCCCGGACUACCGGGACUGUAACAAGACUGAAGCCAUGCUGGAUUUCCAGAAAAGGAUUGAAUGCUACAAAAAGAGCUACCAGCCUCUGGACCCAGAUCGAUACGAGAGGGAUCUCUCCUUCAUCAAGGUAAUCGAUGUGGGUCGCCGUUUUCUCGUCAAUCGCAUCCAGGAUCACAUUCAGAGCAAGAUCGUUUACUACUUAAUGAACAUCCACGUCCAGCCCCGAACCAUCUACCUGUGUCGGCACGGGGAGAGCACAGACAAUCUGAAGGGAAGGCUGGGGGGUGACGCUGGCCUCUCACCUCAUGGCAAACAGUUCUCAUCCGCCCUGGCUCGAUUUGUGGAGGAGCAGCAGCUGAAGGACCUGAAAGUCUGGACGAGCCAGCUGUGUCGCAGCAUCCAGACUGCCGAGCACCUCGGAGUCCCGUACGAGCAGUGGAAGGCUCUUAAUGAGAUUGAUGCAGGAGUCUGUGAGGAGAUGACGUACGAUGAAGUGAAGGAGAAAUUCCCUGAGGAGUUUGCACUGAGAGAUGAAGAUAAAUAUUAUUAUCGCUACCCUGCUGGAGAGUCCUACCAGGACCUUGUGCAGCGGGUGGAGCCAGUCAUCAUGGAGCUGGAGAGGCAGGAGAACGUGUUGGUUAUUUGCCACCAAGCCGUCAUGCGCUGCCUGCUGGCCUACUUCCUGGAUAAGAGUGCAGAUGAAAUGCCCUACCUGAAGUGUCCCCUCCACACGGUGCUCAAACUCACCCCAGUUGCUUAUGGAUGCAAAGUGGAGUCAAUCUCCCUGAAUGUGGAGGCAGUAAACACCCACAGAGAGCGACCAGAGGAGGUUAAGAGAGGUCCUGGCACCUUGAUCAGGAGAAACAGCGUGACUCCCCUAACCAGCCCAGAGUCCAACAUUAAGAAACCUCGCAUCGACGACCUGGAUGAGGCCCCCAUCCAGGAGUUGCCCCCCUCUGUUUCUGCGCUGGCCCUCUGCAGCCCAUCACACAUCCCCCUCACUCUGCCUGGACAGAACCUGAUGAGCUCACCUGGUCGCCAUGACAUCCUGCAGCCCUGCCAGUGAAACAUUAUCGACAUGUGGAUCAUUGAAGAGUCGGUGCAACAUCAAAGUUAAAUUAGUCUCCUCCAAAAUCGACCUUUUUUUUUUUUUUUUUUUUUUUUUUUUCCUCCUUAAAGCCCAGGACACAAGUUGCUGCACAUCUUACUGUUCAAAACACAGUUAUUGUAUUUAAUUGAUGUCUCAAUUUUUUUUUUUUUUUUUUUUCCUUUUGUCUGUGAUUGAAUCUGUGUUUUGAAAAAUAUUUUAUAGUUGCAGCUCUGAUGGAAACCAAUUUAUUGUGGUUUGCUUUGGAGAGACCAAAGACUGUUAUGCAGAGAACUUUUUUUUUUUUUUUUUUUUAAUUAUUAUUUAGUUUACAUUGUCAACUUUGUAGUAGUUGUACACUGUAUUUUCAUGUACUCAUGUUUUUCUAAGUUAUGUAAUUGAUUGGUUUGUAUGCUGACACUACACAAUGAGCAAUAUUUUGCACAGCAGCGAAACAUUUUGCUUCUGUUAGUUUGUUUUUCAUGUUACUGCACAGUAAUGAUGGAGGUGAUCUUUGCCGUAGAGUGCCUGUAGUGCUUGUUUUGCAAGCCUAAUGCUGCUUCUCGCCAUUUUUCUCCAGACUCGUUACUUGAGAGGCACCACAUUUCACCUAUUAACUCUAAAUGUCAUCUCAAUAUUUAAUUUCUCCAUUUAGUUUCAGUGCCACAGUGCACGCUGAUCAUUAGAGAUGUCUCUGAUGGGAAACGUUACUUCAAGUUUAUUUUCUUUUUGCUCUCAUUGUCUGCUACGCACAAAGUUAAGCACCUAUAUUUUUGUUAAAUUGCGUACUGUUAAUAAUAGCUCUGUAAAUCUUAGUGUACAUAUGGUACUUGCAUAUAAAUAUGGUGUAAGUGGCAUUGUAUGGGAGAUGACUUGGAACCCUUGUGGGAGACUUGAUGAAAAUGUGUGUAACUCUUUGUAAUACUGUGUUAUGACUGAAUGGAAAGUGUGACGCCUGUGCAGAAAACUGCUGUAACAGGCUUGCUUGAGAUACUUGAAAUGUUUUCUUUUUGUAAAAGUGUUUUGUUAUAUUCCUUAUUUAUAUUUAAGUAGUUGUGAAUAAGUAUUUGGAGGGAAAGAGACUCUGUUUUGAUAGAACUGUACAUGAUUAUAUUUUGUGCAGGUUUGUUUGUGUUUUUUUUUUUUUUUUUUUUCCCCCCCCCUCCCUUUUGUUGAACCAUUAAAUUCACUUCAUA